AUGGAGGUGGACAACCCCAGCAGCCCGUCAUCGACCCCCGCCGAGGAUAGACGCAAAUCUGGCCGCCAGACGCGGCGACCCGAAGUUUUCUCCCAAAGCAACCACUCCGCCGAGAUCAACGCGAGGGGCAAGCGCAAGCGUGGCGACGUGCACGAUAAUGAGAAUCAUGAUGAGGACGAGUCCGAGUCCGACAGCGACGAUGUAGAGGACUCAGAGGCCGACGAGGAGGAACUGAGGGAAAGACGUCGCGCGACUCGCAAGACCGGUUCAAAGUCAAAGAAGCCUGCGGCUAAGAAAGGCUCGCAUUCAGCAAAGAAGCCAAAGGUCACAGGUAAUGGAAUUGGCAGACAGUUGGCCUUCCGCCCUGCCGCACUCAAUGGUCGGCUUCCAGCUUCGCGUCCCCGUAAGCCUAAGGUUCGGCCCAGCUUGGCUGCGGGCGAACAUGGCUUGUUUGCGGAGGUAUUCGGAAAAAGCAACAAUGCCGACACGGCCGCUGCACAAUGGCUGAACCAAUACCAACGAAACAGCGGACAGGCUAUGCAGGAUUUGAUCAACUUCAUUAUCCGAUGUACCGGCGCCGAACUCGAAAUCAGUAAAGCGGAAACAGAAGAUGUCGACCAUGCACCGCAGCGAAUUCGAGAUGUACAAAACGUUUACCAGGCACAAGGAAUUACCGAGUAUCCUCUCAUCUCCCGUGCCAAAAAGUUCCGAGCAUUCCAACCCGUCCUCGAGGAAUUCAUGAUCGCACUCAUACAGACCUUCCACCACUCGUCGGUCCUCUACACUGAUGAAGCCCUGCUGGAGAACGUCCAGAUUUGGGUAUGCUCCAUGUCCACAGUGAGCAGCCGCCCGUUCCGCCAUACCUCGACAAUUAUCUCGCUGGCAAUUAUGAGCGCUCUUUGUGAUAUUGCGCGAGAAGUGACGACCACCGUGACCACCUCUCGCAAGCAGCUGGAAAGCGAAAAGAAAAAAAAGUCUGUUAACAAAGGACGUGUGGAAGCGAUUCAGAACGCUAUCUCCGAGGGCGAACAGAAGGUUGAGCGUCUGGACGAGUUCUUGCAGGACGGAUUCGAUACCGUCUUCGUUCACCGUUAUCGGGAUGUCGAUGGUGGAAUCCGUGCCGAGUGUAUGGAGGCCCUAGGCAGGUGGAUUCGUACCUAUAGAGAAGUCUUCCUUGAGGGACAAUAUCUACGGUAUAUUGGAUGGACUCUCGCCGACGUCGAGCCCCACACCAGACUGGUUGCUGUGACGCAAUUGCUACCUCUCUAUGCGAAUAAAGAUAAUAUCGGCGUUCUUCACUCUUUCACCGAGCGUUUCCGCCAGCGUAUUGUCGAAAUGGCAGUUCAGGAUGCCGAAGUCAAAGUGCGCAUCGUGGCUAUCGAGCUACUAAACCACCUUAGAGAAGGCGGGUUGGUCGAGGCCGAUGAUAUUGAUAUGGUUGGUCGCCUUAUCUUUGACACUGACCCUCGCGUUCGCAAAACCGCAGGCCAGUUCUUCGCUGCCAAUGUUCAGGAUGCCUUUGACUUGGCGACUGAGGAAGUCGGAGAUGAGCUCAACGAAACCCUUGCUGAUGACGACGACGAUGACUUUGAGCUACCCAAGCAAUCGUGGAUCAAGUUCAAGUGUCUUGUCGAUAUCUUCUACAACUAUGAUUCUCAAGAGUCCGCAGAAACAGAAAAGGAGCCCACCACCCGUGGCGUGCUUUUGGGAGCGCCGACCGAUUCCCGAUUUGUUCUGGCAACCGAGGCCAUCUACCAUCAUAUGGAAGAGCUUUCGCAAUGGCAGUCGCUAGCGGGCUAUUUGCUCUACGAUCACUCACAAAUCACGGACCAAGCGUAUGACGAUGACGCCCAGGGAACUGUCCGGUCUCUGUACAAGCUUGGGGAGGGACAGGAGUCCAUUCUCCUGGACGUUCUCGGUGCUGCCGUCAAACUUCGAGUGCUUGAUAUUGCUAAGUCUGACAUUGACAAGCGAGGGCGCAAGGUCAAGGCACUGACCUCUAAAAUUCCAGAGCUCCAGGAGGAGAUCUCACAUAGCCUUGCGCAGAUCAUCCCGCAACUCUUAAGGAAGUUUGGGUCUUCACCAGAAGCAGCGUCUGCCGUUCUGCGGCUGGAGCAUUUCGUGGACCUUGAUACUAUUCAAGAUCUUCAAAAGGAUGCUACAGCCUACACGUCUCUCCUGAACGAUAUCAACAAGCAGUUCUUGACGCACUCAGAUCACGAUGUCUUGGCUGAAGCUAGCGUGGCAUUUUUGCAUGCGAAGAGCUCCGAUGAGAUGCGAGAGGCACUUGAGGGUAAGAUCCAGGAACUCUGGGAGGAAAUGGUGGAAUCACUCGGCGCGUUGUCUCGGAAGAAGGAGGUUCAGGUCGGUGGCUAUAUUCCUGACUCAACCCUCACCGAUCUCACGAACACCGUGAUGCGUAUCUCCAACCUCGCCGGUAUCACGGACUGCACAGCGAUCCUGGAAGCCGUGCCUACCUCACGCUCGAAAUCCAAAAAGGACCACUCCGAAGCCCCUUUUAAUAUUUUGAUUCAUCUUGCUAAUCGCGGUGUACGCGAAACGGAUGAUGAGGAGGAUACCACCACAGAGUCCGAGCUGGUCACAAAUAGCAUCCGCGCCUUGCUUUUCUACUUCAUGUGGAAGGUUCAGGGUUUAACUGCUGCCCUCAACGAUGGAAAAGCUACUUUUAACACAUCAUAUUUUGAAACACUCACAAAGAGUCGCGAGACAUUCAUGUCGACGCUUCUCUCCAUCAUGGAGGGACGCCCCGGCCUCGAUGACCUACGAUUUAUUGCCACCACAACCUUCCUGGACUUACAAACUCUAUUCGGCACACUCCGCAACGUCGGCCAAGGUGUUGGCAACGACGAGGAUGUCAUUUUCCAGACACAAAGCCUUGUGCAUGAAGCGUCUGCGAAGGCACAGGCUCUCGUCACCAAGAUCCACGGCAUUGCGGAGCGUAACUUCGCCAAGAAAUCCCGACGGGACCUCGAGCCCGCCGAAGAUGACGCGCCGGCAUCCGAGGAUGAACCAGAGGAUGAGGCCGAAGCCAGUGACUCCGAGGACGAGGCAGUUAUCAAUGAGCGUCUCCGCAGCAGCAUCAUGGCCGAGCAACGCCUUUGCGAACUGACCGGCAAACUCGUGCUUUCCAUAAUCGGCCGCGUCGUCGAUGCAUCUGGCUCCAAGCGCGGCUCUCUUAAAAAGCGCCUCCUCCGCAACAAGACCUCUCUCGGCCAGAACUACCGUGAAGUCCUCUCAUACCUUGAAGAACGCAAGCCUCGCAGCGCACCCCGCAGCAAGGGCAAGCAGCCCGCCAAGAACGCAGCUGCUGACGAACAAACCCCGGCGGCUUCAGGAAAAGAAUAUAAGUCAGCGGAGCACAUCGAUGAUGAUGAUAACGAGAACGAGCACGGUGACGGUGAUCUUCCAGACGAUCCCAUUGAAGAGGACGAUGAGGAUGAUCUGCGGGCUCGCGAACUUGUCGAGGAAGAUGUCGAUCAGGAUAAUGACGAUGAGGACAACGACCGAGUUCCUGAAUCUGAUGAAGACGAGGUGAUGGGUGAUUAG